CUUGGCAAUAGAGCUUCCAUUAUGGAUGUAUAUAAUGAUAAAUCUAGACUUCAGACUUCUCAACAGCUCAUCCCACUUCUUUUUCUCUUCCUCUUCGUCUCUCAGAUCAAUCAAUCAAUCCACAUCCCACUCUAAUUAGGCCCAAUUGCCUUCAUCUAGAGCCCGACGACCCGCCCGACGGCCCGAAAGAGACCAACCAGUGUCUGCUCUAAGCUCUAACACCACCAUAAAAAACACAAGGACAAUUGCGCCAUCCCACGUUACUUAGUAGCUACUUAGCUUACAUUUCGUUGCCUUGUAUGCCCACUGCUACGCCAAAGUUCUUCCUCUCUAGAUCCUUUAUUCUUUUCUUAUUGACCCUCAUCCUGGCUAUCCUUAUUUCGCCAGCCUUCACCCCCCGUCUCCGCCAACUCUCUUCCCAUCUUAUCCUUCUCCAACGACCGCUCACAACCAUGGCUUCUCCAUCCUACGCCUCAGAGCUUCAGAUCGCCCAAUUGGCCGUUCAGCGUGCUACGAUCCUUACCAAGCGCGUCUUCCACGAAAAGGCAAAGGGAACCGUUGACAAAAAUGACAAGAGCCCUGUCACCAUUGGCGACUUUGGCGCCCAGGCCCUCAUCAUCGCCGCUCUCCGCCACAACUUCCCCGACGACGCUAUCGUCGCCGAGGAGGAGGCUGCGCAGCUCCGUGACGAUGCGAACCUGAAGCAGACUAUCUGGGAGCUCGUCAGCUCUACAAAGCUCGACAAUGAAGAUGCUGAGAAGCAACUCGGUGGUCCUAUUAAGGAUGUCGACGAUAUGUUGGAAUUGAUCGACAGAGGUGGCAGCCAGGGUGGUUCCAGCGGUCGUAUCUGGGCAAUUGAUCCCAUUGACGGAACAAAGGGCUUCCUCCGUGGUGGGCAAUACGCUGUCUGCCUUGGUCUCAUGGUUGAUGGCGACGUCAAGGUCGGUGUCCUUGGCUGCCCUAACCUUCCAGUUGACGAUUCAGCCCGUCUGACCUCCGACAUUGGCUCUAAUGCCACCGAUGAGGGUCGUGGUGUUGUUUUCUCUGCUGUGCAGGGCCAUGGCGCGAACAGCCGGCCUCUUACUUCUGGCGCUCUUGCUGCUGAGAAGCCUAUCUCCAUGCGAAGCAUUGAUGACCUCUCCAAGGCUACCUUCUGCGAGAGCGUUGAGGCAGGCCACUCAGCGCAUGAUGACCAAGCUCUUAUCUCGAAGAAGCUUGGUAUCACCCAGGAAAGUGUCCGCAUGGACAGCCAGGCUAAGUAUGGCUCUAUUGCCCGCGGUGCUGGCGACAUCUACCUCCGUCUGCCUGUCAAGGCCACAUAUCAGGAGAAGAUCUGGGAUCACGCUGCCGGUGAUCUCAUUGUUCGUGAGGCUGGUGGCCAAGUGACUGACAUUCACGGAAAGCGUCUCGACUUCAGCGUAGGACGCACUCUGGCCAACAACAAGGGCGUCAUUGCUGCUCCUGCUGCUGUUCACGGCAAGGUUCUCGAAGCUGUUCAGGAGGUUCUGAGCGCCAAACAGUCGUAAGGAAAAAUAAAUAGGAAAACAAACGGACAUGACUUGAAUGAAAGCGAGAAUUUCAAAGCAGAAAAUGUAGUUUUGUAUAUGCCUCGUCAAAUAGUACACACAAAUCUGUACAUGAUACUAGAAUACACACGCCAGCUGCGUCCAAUAGGCCAAGCCACCAAGCUGGCCAGUAUAAAUUCCCACAUACCACCUCUCUAUUUGAUCUUCUUCUGCUUCAGCUUGAUCGUCUGGUCGUUAAUAAACACGCCCUUGCCCUUGUAAGGCUCCGGAGGACGCCACAUGCGAACUCGUCCAGCAAACGACAUGAUGGUCUCGCGGUCAAUUCCCUCAAUCAGGAUACGUGUAGGCGCAGGAGUUGUCACGGUCACGCCGCGAGGGAUGCCCUCCUCGACAGGAUGAGUAAACCCGAGCUUGAGGCACAGGAAGCGCUGCCCAGGAAAUUCCUCUUUAGCACCUCGCUCUUCGACACUCGCUCUAUAACCGACACCGACGAGACGGAGAAUGGCCGUGUGCCCUUCCGAGACACCCAUUAUAUAGUUCCUUAGGUAAGACCAUGUUGUUCCUAUCCAAUUGUCAGCCCCAAUGCCAUCAAGCGUGAUGAUAACCGGUGAACAUACCCCACAUGGCUUUUUGGUCCUUGGCGUCAGUGUCCUGGACAUUCAACGACACCACCUUGGCCUCAGGAUCUUGCGUCACCUGCACAUAUUCCGGAACUUCCAGGUCAA